GGCAUGACCCGCGGCGCCGGGGUGCCGGCGCGGGCGCCCGACGGCCCGGACAUCCACCACACCACCUCACCUCGUGGCUAACAUUUAUAAGCUGCUCCCCGUGUCUCGGGCUGGAGUCAGGGCAUAGCCUCGUCAACCUCCAGCCCAUUCCCAUCGAUCCCAUUCCACUAGCUUCCGUUCGUCCAUCUUCUCCUUCUUACUCCACUCCACCCAAGCAAACCAAUCCGAAAUUCCAUGGAUGAAGCUGCCAACGUGGUUGGAGGAGGAGCAUUCCUCGAUUUCCCAAUAUCCAGCCCCUGGUUAGACGAUCUGCUCGACGACGACGGCGACGACGACGCCCCAUACUCCGGCGGUGGCGUCGACUCGCUGCUGGAGGCCAUCGACCUGUCCGCGGCCACCGACAAGGAUGUCAUCGGCUUCGUCCGCGCCAACUACGAGCGGUGCAAGGAGAGGAACCUCUGCCCGCCGGCGCCCAUCGACGACGCCGGUCGCCUCACCCGGCCGGACCCUUGGGAGCUUGGCCGCUUGUGGUUCAUCACGAGCAAGAAGUUCGGCUCGGACGAGAAGACGCGCGGGGGGUUUUGGAAGGAGAAGGACAACGAGUUCACCGCGAUCCGCGGCGACCAGUGGCAGCAGCCGGCGCAGCGCAGGCCCGUGUACAUCGGGUUCAAGAGGACCCUGGAGUUCUACAUGAACGACGGCACCAAGACGGAGUGGCUCAUGAACGAGUUCGCCAUGAUCCAUCAGUCUGACGAUGGCCACUUUUUUCUCAAGGAGGAGGUCGUCAUUAGCGAGGUGUUCAAGAAAGACAGAGACGCGAACCUGCGCCCUCCGAUGCAUCCGCAGGAUCGUCCCAGGGAAAUGGCCAACGGCAACGAUCAAGGUGAUCAAGGCGAUCGUGAGGAUGAGCCGAACAUGGACAACCUCGCCUCGCACGGCGACGACCACCCGCCGCGCCACGGCGGCGCCGCGCAGGGCGACCUGCAGGCACCGAUGGGGAAGCGCAUGCGGCCCGACGACGACACCAUGGCCAGCAGCAUCCGCAUCAGCGAGUCGGAAGUCUGGCAGCAGCUUACCAGGAUCUACGUCGAGGUUCCCAAGGAGGUCGGGUCGUCCAAGAGGAAAGAUAGCAAGAGGCUGGUGUACGCGGUGUGCCACCACUGCGACCGGGUGUUCAGAGCUUCCUCCAAGAACGGCACGUCGAGCCUGAGAAGGCACGCGGAAGGAUGCCAGUUCAGGCACUCGAGCCAGGCGCGGGCGAGGGGGAUUGUUCCGCAGCCGGGGCCUAGUGGCGGCUACGCUGGAUGAAGGCCAGGUCUUCGUCAUCACAAGCCGAGGCUGCCGGUGCAAGCAGUUGAGACAAGCGCCGGCAGCAGCGUGUAGGGGGUUUAUUUCUAGUUGUUGAUGGUGUUCACAAUCUGUCAAUCCGAUGAGCUCGCGU